AGGAGGCUGGGGAGAAGAGGGGGACGGGACGGCCGAAUUUAGACCGUCACGCCUCCGAGGUCGGCCUUGCCCCUAUAAUAACCCAGCGUGACGCCUCGGUGCUCCCUGUCCAGGAUGACACUCCGCAUCCCGGAGCUCGGCGAGGCACAGGCAGAGCCCGGGGACAUGCGGCUCCUGCUGCUCUAGCACGUCCCCACUGCCCCUCCGUGUCCUCGCGCUUGUUUUGGGCCCCUUGGGGGAAAAAAAAGUGGACUUGAGGCGGCUGUGGUGCUGCUGGCCGGUGCGAUGCGGGGAGAGGAGGCUCGGCGAUAAGAAUAAGUACUCGGCACCAGGCAGCGUCGCCGUCAUGGGGAAGGACUACUACAAGAUUCUGGGCAUCCAGUCUGGAGCCAACGAGGAUGAGAUCAAGAAAGCCUACCGGAAAAUGGCCCUGAAGUACCACCCUGAUAAGAAUAAAGACCCCAACGCCGAGGAGAAGUUCAAGGAGAUCGCAGAGGCUUACGACGUCCUGAGUGACCCCAAGAAGCGAGCCGUGUACGACCAGUACGGGGAGGAAGGUCUCAAGACUGGAGGUGGCUCUUCGGGUGGCUCAGGGAACACUUUCCACUACACGUUCCACGGAGACCCCCACGCCACCUUCGCGUCUUUCUUCGGAGGCUCCAACCCUUUCGAUAUCUUCUUCGCUAGCAGCCGCUCCCGGGUGUUCAAUGGCUUUGACCAGGAAGACAUGGAUAUCGAUGACGACGAUGAUCCUUUCAGUGCCUUCGGCCGGUUUGGCUUCAACGGCAUUAACGGGGUUCAUCGGCGGCACCAGGAGUCCCUGCACACGCGGAGGAAGGUCCAAGACCCACCCGUCAUCCACGAGCUGAAGGUGUCUCUGGAAGAGAUCUACCACGGCUCCACCAAGAGAAUGAAGAUCACCCGCAGAAGGCUCAACGCCGAUGGCCGGACCAUGCGGACUGAGGAUAAGAUCCUGAACAUUGUCAUCAAACGGGGUUGGAAGGAGGGAACCAAAAUCACAUUCCCCAAAGAAGGGGACGCCACGCCGGACAACAUCCCUGCUGACAUCGUCUUCAUCCUCAAGGACAAGCCUCACUCGCACUUCAAGAGGGACGGGACGAACGUGGUCUACACCGCAAACAUCAGUCUUAAAGAGGCCCUGUGCGGCUGCACCGUGAACAUUCCCACCAUCGACGGGAGGGUGAUCCCGCUGCCCUGCAACGACAUCAUCAAGCCGGGCACAGUGAAGAGACUGCGCGGGGAAGGGCUGCCCUUCCCCAAGGCCCCCAACCAGCGAGGAGACUUGAUCGUGGAGUUCAAAAUCCGCUUCCCAGACAGAAUAGCUCCCCAGACGAGACAGAUCCUCAAGCAGCACCUCCCGUGCUCCUAGAGCCCCGGGGACUCUUCUCCAAGCAGCAAUACUCCAAACGCACGUGCCACAGCAUCCGGCCCACACGGAGCAGAGGUGCCAGAGCACUUUCAAAUGCAAAAAAAACACUUUUCUUCCCCAAAAGUCCCAUCCAUCCCUCCCACCCCUUCCCCUCUCAGCCUGUUUUCUACUCCAGCAGCGGGGGAAUGGUGAGCGCAGGCUCCUGCCCUCACAGCUCUCCUCGCUGCCAGCCUUUUUUUGUUUUGUUUUUCUAGAGGUCCAGCUUUGCUGCCUUGCACAAGCGAGCGGCACGGGCUGUUUGCCCGGGGAGGUGCAUCACUUUGUGGUUUUUGUGUCACCUGCUUUUCAAGCCAACCCUCUGACUAGAGGAUGGGCUCAUAGGGGUUAAGCGCAGUGUAAAUAGGACUUCACAGGAUCUCACAUCCCCCCCCCCCCCGUGUUAGUUUUCUCCUCCCCUCUUUGAUACUUGCUGCUGUUCGGGGUCCCGGCUGUACCAAGGUGCCAAGGAAACUCCUGAGCGCGUACGGCCAAGGGACCGCUCCUGCGCGCGGUGGCCACUGUAGCUGGACCGUUUCUAACCGGGGACCACGGUACCUAGUCCUACUGCGGUCCACUCUCCUGUGCCAAGACCUCCACCGAGCAUCACCUGUGCCAAUCAACAGAGCUCAAAGCACUUGGGGAUGGUCCCUUCCAGCCUCCUGCCCCCACUGUCCCAUGCGCCUGCUGCUGGCUGGGGGGGACAGGGGAGCCCAGGGUGGGAGCUUUCUUGUUCAGAUGUGUUGAGUUUGCAUUGCUGCUUUUUUUUAUAUACAUAUAUUUAGCUUGUUAGGUAAACUCCAUAAGGGUUUGCUCUGCCCGUUUUGGGUUUCCUGGAGUGGUUCACCCCGACUUUCGGGGCUCAGCUCAGCCAUACCAACAUCAUAUCUGUGAGAACAUAGUAUGUGUGUAGCACAAGUCUGGGUGCAAAGGCAGAGCCAAGCGUCAGCAGAGCUGUGGUUUUGACAAGCGUUUGAGUUCAGCCUUAGGGAUUUUAUUAGGAAGAGAAAGGCACGUGUAUAUAUUUUUCUACAGGGACAUUUAAUUCAGGAGGUAAUUCUGAGUGUUUUGGGGAUGCUGGAAGGAGCAUGAGGCAGUCUGCUUGGUGGUUUUGUUUUUAAAUGCUGUAUUUUUUUAAAAACUUUGGAUUUCCAUCAGGAGAAUUUUUAUAUUUCUUACCUUUCUCGGUCAACUCUGCCUCUUGCCAGUUCUUUCCCAGGAGGGGUCCUGCAGAACAGGCAGCACAGCCGACCUGGCUCUGUAUGGCGCUUCCACCACCUCAGCUCCACAUCUCCAGCCCAACCAGCACCGAGAAAGCCAAAACACCCCCUCCUCCCCAGGCAUCCUUUUUAUGAAGAAAAAUCAGUGACUUGAAAUAGGGGUCCUGGGGGGGUUCAGCUCACAGAAAGGUGCCCGCCGAGCUGGUGUGGGGUAUAUAGCUGUACAGUGCAUCAUACACGGCGGGAGGACGGCCUGUGCCACAGCCAGGGCACGGGGAGAGGAGACCUCUUAAAUUAAAUUAAAGCACUGCUUAGUUUUGUGACCAGUUUGAAUUCAGGUUAGGGCACGACGCCGUUCCCUGUGGAGUUCGAUGUACGGAAUCCUGGUGGACACUGAUGGAGUGAGAAGACAGGUCAGCACGCAGAUG